AUGCAUUUUGUGAUGGCUGCGAGUCCUAUUUUUGUGCUUCUGACUCUAUUUGUGUCAACGGUCGAAGCCAAGUUCUACAGACCGCUCCAGUUUAACCAGUAUAACCACCAUGACCAAGGCAAGCCCACCAGCAGACACAAGAACCACUGUGCCUAUGUGGUUGAAAAGACAGUGUCCUUCACCGUGCAGGAUGGGGCGACUCCGUAUGUAAAAGCUGAGUACAACAGGUGUUCCUGGGGCCAAAAAUGUCCAACUCUCCAGUAUCGUCUGAUGUACAAACCAAUGUACAAGGUGGCCCAUAAAACCGUCACAGAGCUGGAGUGGCGUUGUUGUCCCGGGUACUCUGGUUAUGGCUGUAUGGAGGGACAUCCAGUUUACCAACACGCCAUGAAUAUGAUGCCGCCAUUCAAGGGCCCGCCAAUGAAAGGCCCACAGUUUAAGGGCCCACAAUACAAAGGUCCCAUGUUCAAGGGCCCACCUAUUAACACGGUUAUGAAGGCCAAUCCAUGGAGUCAAAAAGGACCUCCCACUGGCAGUUUUAGCUCUUACCCAAUGCGUCACUUUGGGCCUCCAAGAACCUCCUACCCAGAAACCUCCUUCGAGCCUUAUCCGGCUGAGCCAGAGCCAAUGCCAGAUCACCAGGAACCACUUCACCGAGAGCACGGCCAAGAACAUGAGCACGACCAAGAACAUGAGCACGAACAUGAGCAAGAACAUGAGCAAGAGCAUGAACAUGAGCAUAUCCAAGGACCAGAGGAACACACACCAGAGGAAAUCCUUCCUCCUGGUGGUGAACAGUUUGAAGGCCAGACUGUAGCCAGUGAGACAGAGGAGCGAAUAUAUCGAAUGGAGGAGGAAGUGCGACGUCUAAACCAGGGCCUGGAGACCCUGAGGGGAACUGUGAAUGGACUGGAAGAGAGUCUCCGAGCCUCGCUGAGAGAAGAUGCCAACAGGAUGCUGUCAGCUCUGCUCUCUGCUGCCCCUGUUCCUGUUCCCGCUCCCGCUGUAGCCUCUGAUCUAGCCACAGUAGGGUUUGCUGAGAUUCCUGGGGGAGACCCUGAGACAGAGGGUCUAGAUGGCAGACACGUGUUUCCAGGCCUCACAGAACUCAAUGGAAGGGUAGAGGAGCUCAGGACAGAGCUGCAAGUCAAGACAGCAGAGCUGCAAGAACUCAAAGCAACAGUGACGGGACAUGAUGGUGCACUGAAGAUGAUGUCGAAUGGAGCAGACUCCACGGUCCAUCUUGGGGGAAAUGCACAGAGAGCUUUGGAGAACUUGAUGGAUGCCAAGCUGAGUGAAGCCAGGACAGAAAUUCUCGGUGGGUUUGAGAUUCGUGUGGAGAGUGCAGAAGGCAGAUGCGAGGAGAAAGCUGGGGAUUUGCGUCGUCAGUGCCAGAGGGAGCAAAGCGAUAGGCAGGACCAGAUGGAGGAUGCUCUGGAGAAAAGUAACACAGACUUGAGAGCAGAGCUGAGAAACCUCCAGACACAAAUCAAUGGUUUAAAGGCUACAGGGAGCUGCUCUGGUAGAGUGAGUGGGCUGGCUGAAAGGGUGCAGAGGCUGGAAACAUCGGUGGCCGGCCUCAACCAGUCUCAGGGGCUCCUGAGAGUGGAGCUGGGGGGACACAAGGACCACAUCGAUGGCAUGCUGGAGGGGCGUCUGGGGUAUGUAGAGGCCAUGCUCAACCUGACUGGGCAGAUCAAAAGCGAUGACGUUGGAAUGAGUGAAGACCCGGACAGAGUUGAGACAGGACAGGGUGUGGAGGCCAGAAUGGAGGAUAAGAUGAGAGCUCUGGAAGGCCGUUUACUGACAGCUUUAGAGGAGCUGGGUAACGCCACUGCCCCCGCACUGCUGGAGGGUCAUGCUGUUCCCACUCUGGAGACAGAGCUGGAGUCUCUCAGAGGGAGACUGGAGGUGGAUGUGGACAGAGUGCAGAAGCACCUGAGCAGCCUUGAGAUUCUCUGCACCUCUUCCUGUUCCUCACGUCAAACCCCAUCUGCCAUCCAGGGAGACUCUGCUGCGUCAAGAGCUGAUCUGUCCGAGGAGCAGAAUGAGCAGGACGCACUGAACAUGCAAGGUGACCGUCUGAAAAGCCUCAACGUCACACUGCAGAACAUCUUAAAGCGCCUGGCCCUCAGGGACCAUCAGGAACAAGCUGAGGGACAUUAUCCCGUACAGGGAGAGCUCACGAUCCUCAAGUUCAACGUCCGCGCAGUCAACCACACCCUGAAAGGCCUCCAGGAUUCCCUGGGGACAGUUGUCCACCAGGUGGGCCAAGCCAACAACUCCUGGCAUGAGAGAGAGGCUAGUCUGGCCAAGCAGAUAAAGGGUGUGGUGCAGCUGGUUGGACAUCAGGCUUCCAUGCUCGGGGCAGGUGAGCGCAGACUGACCCGGGUUAAAGGUGAGCUGCAGGAGAUGAAGAGGCGGCUAGCUGAGGGGGUCCGGGGCUGCCGGAGCACAGCUAUGGGGGUCCAGAAAGAGGUAACUGAGGUUGGAGGCCGCGUUUCCAGCGUGGAGGAUCAAUGUAAAGGCCUGAACUACUUGGCAGAGGAUCUGGAGAGGAUCAGGGAGGAGCUGGAGAAACAAUCGAACGGGCUUCUGGUGCAAGUCAACGGGACUCUCUCCAGCCAUGCUCAGCAGCUGUCUGAGCUCAGAGGAGAACUGAGAAACUGCACCACACAGGUUCAGCCGACGCAGCAGAGUUCAGAGCAGGAGCCAGAGCUGAGACGAGGGGACACCUUCACUUUGAAUUAA